CGUAAGAGUCGUACGUACGGCGCACCGCAGCUUGCCUUCACUGCCCCAUUCCAAUCCGAGAACGAGAUGAUAAGUAACAUUGCGCUGCUGGCAUGGCCGUGGUCGUGGAGACAUGUUGGAACGGAUAUGAAACCUGGUGCAACGUCUGAGGGGUGAUCCGCGUCUAUUAUGCAAGCAGGGGAGGCCUACCAUAAGAGGAAUGGAGCGAGUCCGGACUCCAACAAAUAUACAACUACCUCCGGCUGCGCUUGCUUGCCGGCCUAUACGCGUGUCACGCGUGGUAAACUCUGUUUUGUUCUUCAUGUUUGACCAGUUGCUCUCGUGCGCUUGGAACCCACCGGCAAAUGGACGUUGGUAUCUCAGAAGCCUGUUUGAAACCAUGGCUUUCUUUUUUUGACGAAUAAGAGGGAAAAGAAA